AUGGCGAUGACGGUGACGGCAACAUCUGCUGGUGCAGCAGGGAGCUGUGUCACAGGAGCUGCUACUUGCACUCCGCCUUUCUACAGCAGCAGCAGCAGGGGCAUCAACACGAAUUGCUUGCUGGCGUUUGGAGCGGUCGCGAAGCCCACAAGUAGGUUUGGCGCCGGGGGAGGCCGUGAAGUUGCAGCGAAGCACCGGGUUCAGACCUUGUCGAUGAAGCUCGCCGCGGCUCCGGUGCGGACACCAUCGGCCACUGGCGCCGCCAUAGGAGGAGACUCGACCGCAGUCUCUCCGUCUCACUCCUCCGUUCGCCGACGGCGUCGCCGCCGCCCGACAAGCAUCGGCGAACGCGGCGGCGGCAGUGCAGCAGAAGGUGGGGUGCUUAGCGUUGGCGGCACCAACAUCGGUAUCGGUAUUGGCACCGGCAGCAGUGAGAGCAACCCUACCACUGUAAGCUGGACGGGCGGCGGCGGCGGUAGCAUGGAAAGCCUCGAACAAAAAAUCACGGGGAGUUCCGUGAACGGGAUAGGAGGGGGCGUUGUUUUCCCGGAGUCCGCAUGGGUAGGGCGUGGUCGUCCUGGCGCAGUAUGGGCUCCAGGGUUGGGUGGAAUCAGCGGCAGAAGCGGUAGCGGCGGCGGCGGCGGCUUCGCCGUCGGCGGUCUAGACGGUGGGCGUGUGCGCGGGACGGGGGUAGUGACGGGGGGGUGGCACCCCGCGGCGGAGCCGACCGAGGACGAGAACGACAGCUCGCACCACGACAACUGGAAGAAGAUGAGAGUGGAGGAACUCAUCAAGGACCCAUUCCUGACCCCCGGAAGGAUCAACGAGAUCAUGGACCCCAACAACAUCCAGCGGCACCAGUACCACACCAACCCCGACUCGUCGUACGGGGCAGUGUUCCAGCUGGACACGCUGGUAGACGUUAUACCGGGCCUCAUUUACCCAGCAUGGCUAGAGGUGGCGCGAGCUCUUAACCAGAACGCCCCCACUCUGCACACGGUGGAGCGGGGCUACGGCUGGACGCCGGAGCAGAUGUUCCUGCGGGAGUUCAACUGGAGGCUCACACAGGAGGAGCUGGAGGGGGGGCUGGAGAUCUACGAAAGGACGAUCCUCCGGCAAGCCCUCAAGUACCAGCCAACGGAGACGCGCGGAAGCAGGCGAUGGCUGGAGACGCUGAGGAGAAUACCGAUGCCAAUGGCGGUGCUGUCUCGGCUCCCUAGCGCCAUCGUCGACGCGGUCCUCGAGAAGACGGAACUGUCCGGCUACUUCGAGGACCAGCACAGGGUUACCGCCGAGGACGAGCCUUACGACGAUUACCGGGGAUACAUGCUGGCGGCGCUCAAGAUCCAGAGAUCGACGAUGAAGUGCUGCGCGUUCGACUGCCGGCAGGAGGGCAUGAUCAAGGCUCACGAUGCGGACCUCAGGGGCGUCUGCCGCAUAGGGGUCAUGGCGGCGUGGGAACUGCGGCUGUCGGACCUGAGCGUGGAAUCGUUCGACGACAUGAACGUGCUCAAUUUCCGGCAGAUCUUCGCCGACAGGGACUUCGAGCCCGGCAUGUUGCAGCUGGAGCUGGAACCGGAGGCCGAGCCGAUGAGAGAGACGCAAGUGGCGACUAAGGUGGACACCAGAUGGCCCGACGAGGAGGACGAGCCCGAACCGUGGGCCGAGGGAGGAGGCGGCGAUGGUGACGGCAGGCGCGGAGGUGGCGGUGGCGGCGGGGGGGGGCUGCGAAGACGGUGGUGAUAGUUUUUGUUGACUCGAAUCGAGCAUUUCGUUCCUCGUAAUACGGGAAGGAACUCGGCGGCGGUGGUGGCGGGUUUGCGAAGACGGUGGUACUUAC